CAGCAAAUCCUUUCAGAGAAAUAUUUGAAAUAAAAGACAACAGAUAGGGGACGCAGUGAAGGCAGCGGGAGGCUGAAGGGCCAAUAACCUCCAACGAGGGAAUUGCUGCAAUCUGGCCCGUGUUUGCUGAUGAUAAUGCGUCUCUCCAAAGCCCUGAUAGACAUGGAGAUGGCAGAUUAUAGCGCAGCUUUGGACCCAGCUUACACCACUCUGGAGUUUGAGAACAUGCAGGUGCUGGCCAUGGGCAACGACACGUCUCCAUCAGACGCGACAAAUCUCAACGCCACCAAUAGCAUUGGGGUGAGCGCGCUGUGCUCCAUCUGCGGGGACCGUGCCACGGGGAAGCACUAUGGGGCCUCCAGCUGUGAUGGCUGCAAAGGCUUCUUCAGGAGGAGCGUCAGGAAGAACCACAUGUACUCUUGCAGGUUUAACAGGCAGUGUGUUGUAGAUAAGGACAAAAGAAACCAGUGUCGAUACUGCAGGCUAAAGAAGUGCUUUCGAGCAGGGAUGAAGAAAGAAGCUGUACAAAACGAACGUGAUCGAAUCAGCACCCGGCGAUCCAGUUAUGAAGACAGCAGCUUGCCUUCCAUCAACGUCUUACUGCAGGCAGAAGUCCUUGCACAACAGAUAUCAUCCCCAAUUUCUGUGAUCAACGGAGACAUCCGAGGGAAGAAGAUUGCGAACAUAACAGAUGUGUGUGAAUCCAUGAAGCAGCAGUUGCUGGUGCUGGUGGAGUGGGCCAAGUACAUCCCGGCCUUCUGUGAGCUUCCCUUAGAUGAUCAGGUGGCACUGCUGAGGGCACAUGCAGGAGAACACCUGCUCCUGGGAGCUGCUAAGAGGUCCAUGGUGUUCAAAGACAUCUUGCUAUUAGGAAAUGACCACAUAAUCCCCCGGAACUGCCCUGAGCUGGUGGAGGUGAUCCGUGUGGCCGUCCGAAUCCUCGAUGAGCUGGUCCUGCCAUUCCAGGAGCUGCAGAUUGAUGACAAUGAAUAUGCCUGCUUGAAAGCCAUCAUCUUUUUUGACCCAGAUGCCAAAGGGCUGAGCGACCCCACCAAGAUCAAGCGGAUGCGGUACCAGGUGCAGGUCAGCCUGGAGGAUUACAUCAACGACCGGCAGUAUGACUCACGGGGCCGCUUUGGCGAGCUGCUGCUCCUGCUGCCCACCCUGCAGAGCAUCACCUGGCAGAUGAUUGAGCAGAUUCAGUUUGUCAAACUCUUUGGCAUGGCCAAGAUUGACAACCUGCUGCAGGAGAUGCUGCUAGGGGGCUCGUCAAGUGAAACGCCUCAUGCUCACCACCCUCUGCACCCGCAUCUGAUCCAGGAGAAUCUGGGGACGAACGUCAUAGUAGCGAACACGAUGCCCGCUCAGAUGCACAAUGGGCAGAUGUCCACUCCGGAAACACCUCAGCCUUCCCCCCCUGCAGGCUCAGGAUCUGAGCAAUACAAACUACUCCCUGGGGCCAUCGCUACUGUAGCAAAACAGCCAGCCUCAAUCCCACAACCCACCAUCACAAAACAAGAAGUCAUCUAGCAUCUCCCAGAAGGAAACCAGCCUGUUUUAGAAAGACUGUAUAGAGGAAAACAGACUGACUGUCCCAGUGAAGACGGACGCUAUCGGUGGAUUCACAGGCACAAACGCAUCGGCUUGUUUAUUGGAAUAAAACCAAAGGCUGUCUUUGUGCAGCUAGGGAGAGCACAUGCCAUGGUCCAGCUGAGAGUUACAUAUCUGGGAGUUAAACAUAGUGAAAUCAUUAGUCCUAAUAUGAAGGGCCAGAACCGAAACUCAUGCCGGCUGGUGACUCUUUUGAGAUUUGCAUUGACUGGCUGUGAGGUUGCGCCUGGCCAUUUCUUUACUGCCUCGGAGUGGGUUCAAAGCAAACCAGACACUACUGAAAAGAAAGGACUUGUCUAAUACAGACGUUGAAUUUGAAGGAAGGGCGGAGAUGUCUGCUGCUGUCUUUAACGCUUCUCAGAAUAGUCCCAAGUUUCAGCCGAUGUUAAAUUCUCUGGAACGCAUCAUUCCGGGGGUGGGGGUAUCAUAACCCCUUGUGAUAAUAUUUAGCCAAAGUCUGGUCCACAUGGUGAGUGAGUUGGGCUGGGAAAUCACUGGUGCUUCUGGAUUCCCUGCCAUUUCAGACUUUCCGUAUGUUGGGGUGCUGCUGGGGUUCCUUAU